AUGUUGAGCACUUUGGCUCGCGCUUCGAAUCUUGGCCGCGCCACCAUGGCGCGUCGUGGCUAUUCGGCUGCCACGCUCGAUGCCCAUUCUCAGGUUCUUUGAAACAAUUUAUUUUACAGAAAAAUAUUUUUUUGCGUUCAGAUCAAGGAUGAGCAAAAGCCGAUGGACGAGCAAAUCAACCCCUCGUUCUACAAGAUGGUCGACUACUAUUUCGACAAGGGAGCGACGGUUAUUGAGCCGAAACUCGUUGAAGAGAUGAAGUCCAACUCGAUGAGCCAACAUGAGAAGAAGAACUUGGUCACUGGCAUCUUGAAGUCCAUCAAGCCAGUCAACAAGGUUAGAAAACGCGAAAAUGAAAAUGAUAUAAGACAGAGAAGUAUAACGUUCGAAGGAAAUUUAAUGAAAUUUAAUAGUAGUUUUCAAUUUUCGCCAAGCAUUAUAUCGUUUUCUAAUUGAAUUAUGCAUAUCUUUUUUGUGAAACAAGACACUUUUUAGACAUUUUUGUACCUUGUAUAUGUUUUUUUGUCAUCAACUAUACUUUCCUUAUUCCAUCAAAUUUGGGAUCAUGUUACUCUAAAGCUUUAUGUAUUUGAGUCUGAUAAAUCGACGAUAAAUUUUGAUCCCCUUCUGAGGCCAAAAACCACUGUCUGACCUUGGCGCGGCCUAAGUUUAUUUUCGUCGUUUUCUCUCUCGCUUGCAAGCGGAUGAUUGAUACCAGACAUUUUACGCUGUUUUUUAACGAUCCGAUGUUUUAUGAUAACGAAAACUGGCUUUUCAUGUAGUUUCUAGUUUGUUUUUGGAAAGAAUUUGAAUGGAAAAUUUGAAAACAUUGCGUUUUUUGUUGAUUUUUGACUUUUUCGCAUAGAUUUGGGUUUCAGAGCGGAUAUUUCCAAUUUAACAGAGACUAUUCGGAAAAUUUCAAAUUUCAAUCCCUCAAAUACUGGGCUAUUUUCAAGGCUCAAAAUAGUUAAGGGGUACAAGAAUAUUACAGUCAACAUUGCUUCGCCUUGAAUGCUUCUUUUAAAAUCAUGACAUGCGCCUUUAAAAUUUUGAAAGCUUCUAAUUUUGGACAGACAAGAACUAAGUGAUUUUUUUCACUUCAAAAAAUGUUCGAAUAGGGUUUUUUCGUUGUAAUAAAUAAUAAUUUGAUGUGGAUUCUCGUAAAACGAUUUUACACAGUAAUUUUCGAAGUUUCGUUUUUUUUUUUUAGAAUUCCAAGGAGAUUUUCCAAAUUAUUCAACUUGCAGGUCCUCUACAUCACCUUCCCGAUCCGCCGUGAAAAUGGCGAAUUCGAGGUGAUCGAAGCCUGGCGGUCCCAGCACUCGGAACACCGUACCCCGACCAAGGGAGGUAUCCGAUAUUCGCUCGACGUUUGCGAGGAUGAGGUUUGAAUAAAAAUAGGUGUUUUAAUAUAAAAAUGUUCAGGUGAAAGCUCUGUCCGCCCUGAUGACGUACAAGUGCGCCGUCGUCGACGUUCCCUUCGGAGGAGCCAAGGGUGGCGUCAAGAUCGACCCCAAGAAGUACACCGACUACGAAAUCGAGAAGAUCACCCGAAGAAUCGCCAUCGAGUUCGCCAAGAAGGUCAAUAAUGGAGCCAAAAAGGCGGAAAAUUGCUUUAUUGGGAGCUUUUCAAGGGUCUGAGACUCCGAAAAAUUGAUUUUGCGAGAAAAGAUCAGUUUGAUUGAAAGGGGAACUUUCAAAAAUAGCUUUCAGAUUUGUUGAAAUUGCGGUUCUUUCAGUUGGAAAAUUAUAGAAUAAGCCUUCUUAUUCAAAUUUCUAUUGAUACCCGGUGUUUUUUUGAGUAAAGAAUCAAAAUGAGAAAAAAAUUUUUUUAAAGAGGAAUCAAAUGAUUCAUGGGCUAUAUGACGUCAUAUCGGGAUUUUUUUGUGGUUAUAGAUUGGAAAAAAAACCAUUUUUGAUUUCGAAAACGUCUCAAGGAAAAAUACAGCAAAAAGGCGGAAAUUUGCUUUAUUAGGAGCUUUUCAAGGGUCUGAAAUUCCGAAAAGUUGAUUUUUUUUGCUUAAUUUUGGUCAGUAUUGCGAGAAAAAGUUAAUUUGAAUGGAAAAAUAAAGUGGCAGAUGUGGUGUAAUUGCGGUUCUUUCAAUCAAAAAAUUAUAAAGAAAGAUUUUUUCAAAUUUUAUUCGAGUCAGGUUUUUCUUAAGUACGGAGAGACAAAGCGCCAUAUUCCCCUUCAAGAAUUAUUUUUAAAACGCUAAAAAUAGGAAGUUUUGGGUUCUAUGACUUUUUAUCUGUCAAUAAUUUGUUCAUAAAAUGAAAAAAAAAGAUUUUUAACUUGAAAAAAAUGUUAUUGAGAGCAUCCAAGGAUGAAUAAUUCAUUCAAAGAUUUUUUUCUGAAACGUUCAUUUUUCAGGGCUUCCUCGGACCCGGAGUCGAUGUGCCCGCCCCUGACAUGGGAACUGGCGAGCGUGAAAUGGGCUGGAUCGCCGACACUUACGCUCAGACCGUCGGACAUCUUGAUCGUGUACGUUUUUAUUUUCGUCUCGUUCAAAAAUUGAGUUUUUGGGGUUUUAUUCUGUAUUUUUAUUUUUGCCUUUCAUCUAGAUUUAUUAGACCAUUAGGCUUAGGUCUGCUGAAAUUUUUGCAAACUGAGGAAAUUUUAGAGUUUCUGGCGCUUAAGUGCCCACUAUAGUAGUCGAAUUAGCGGCCACUCAAGUGGAAAUACAUUAGUGGUACUACUAGACUACUAAAACUACUAUAGGGGCCACUUGGAUGUAAAAUAGUGGCCUCUAUAGAGGGGCGGCAUAAACUCGAAGACUCAAAAAGCAAAAAAACGAAAGAUCAACGCGUUCUGAAGAGACACCAGAGAAAUUAGAGUUUCUCUUUUUUUUUUGUAGAGUCUGACCUUUUUUUUUGAUCUUCUUGUAGUUUUGAGAAAGGAAAAGCCCCUGGGUUAAGAACACUUUAUUCAGUCAGACCGCAAGAUCAUGUUUUUUACACCUAGAAGAUUUUGAUCUCAAAUUUCCUUGGUUUCAUAAUUUUUUCGAGUUGAAAUAUUCAUUUUUCAAGGACGCCUCGGCCUGCAUCACCGGCAAGCCGAUCGUCGCCGGCGGAAUCCACGGCCGUGUCUCGGCCACCGGCCGCGGAGUCUGGAAGGGCCUGGAAGUUUUCGCCAACGACAAGGAGUACAUGGACAAGAUUGGCCUCCCCGUCGGCCUCGCCGGCAAAUCCGUCAUCAUCCAGGGCUUCGGUAACGUCGGCCUCCACACCCACAGAUACCUUCAUCGGUUCGGACUUUCACCUCGAUUUUUAUCAUUUUCAGGUUCAAAAUGUAGUGAUUUAGGGCUUUUCCUAGAGUUUUCAUUUCAAAAUGCCGUGUUUUCAAGCUUCUCCUAGAGUUUUCAGGUUCAAAAUCCAGUAAUUUGGAGCUUUUCGUAGAGUUUUCAGGUUCAAAAUGCCGUUUUUCAAGUUUUUGUGACAUUUCUGGUUUUCAAAAUGAAAAAAAAUUGUUUACAAAGAUAUAUUCAAAACUGUACAAAAAUUUGUAUUUUUUGAGAAGAUAAUCAGUUUCAACUCCGCCAGAUCGGUGUGCACAAAGUUGCUUACCGUAAUCUCAUUUUUAAUUUUUUUUUUUCCAUUUCAAAUAUCAUUUUUUUUUUUCUAGUCCAUAAAGAUGAUUUUUAGCCAGAUAACUUUGAAAGUUAUCCAGAAUUUCCUCAUGAUUUUUUUUUUUCAGUGCUGGCGCCAAGGUCAUCGGCAUCCAGGAGUACAACUGCUCGGUCUACAACGAGAACGGCCUCCACCCGAAGGAGCUGGAAGAUUGGCGCGACGCCAACGGAACCAUCAAGGGCUUCCCCAACGGCAAGAACUUCGAGCCGUUCACCGACCUCAUCUACGAACAGUGCGAUAUCCUCGUCCCGGCCGCCUGCGAAAAGGCCAUCCACAAGGACAACGCCCACAAGAUCAAGGCCAAGGUGUGGAUUGGCCAGAUUCAGGAGUGAUGAAAAAAAUCGGGAGGAACAGUAGUAGGAAUAUCGACCUUGAAUGUUGUAGUUUUGCGCGUUUUUGAGGAGUUUGAAGCUAUUCGCGAGGAUGGCUACUGAAAAACAAGGCCAAGGUGUUGAUUGACGAGGUUUUUGGGUUCCUAUGAUCCUAAUUUCAAUGAUUCUGAGUUGGCCAGAUUUCGGAGUUUUUAGGCUGAUAAAAUAAUCAGGAGAAGCAGUAGUGGAAUAUCGACUUUGAAAGUUGUAGUUUGUCCCGUUUUUGAGAAAUUUGAAGCUAGUCGUUAGGAUGGCGCCUAAAGGUGCUGAUUUUACUGGAAGAAUUUUUUAAAAAAAAGCGCCGAAAAAUGGGUUUUAAGCCUGUCCUCUUUAAUUUUCAAUGUUGUUUUCCUCGCUUUUUCAGUACCUUUUUUCAUUCCUAAAUAAAUUGACUUUCAAAAAUAGCCUAGGACGGACUCAAUUUAGCCAGAAGCCUUGAUUUCCCGUGAACUUUGUAAAAAUUUGUCAAAAAUUGACUUUUCCGGCAAAAAUAGGAAACAUUUUUGAUAUGAUCAGGUAUCGGAAAAAUUAUUUAUUGAUAUUUGAAUUUUUCUCCGGCGCCUUUUGACUCGAUUUUUGCUGCUUUUUUUCAUGGUUUCCUUACAAUUUUUUCAUUUUUUUUAUCCAGAAGUUGGAUGUUUCAGAUCAUCGCCGAAGCCGCCAACGGACCGACGACCCCCGCCGCCGAGAAGAUUCUCUUGGCCCGUGGCGACUGCCUGAUCAUCCCUGAUAUGUCCGUUUUUUUUUCUUUGGAAUCGAGAGUGUACAAAGGAUUUAUCAUUGAUUCGGUUGAUUUUUGAGGUCUUUUUGAAGGAAAAAAUUUACAUUUUCCGAAAAUACAAUCAGAAAAACUUGAUUUUAAACUUUAAUAAUAGGUUUAUUUACGACAUACGGUAUAAAAAUGCAGUAGAAAGUUAAGGAGCAGGAUUGCUUUAAUAGAAGUUUUUAAACUUUAACCCUUCAGGUACGUCAACUCUGGUGGUGUGACCGUCUCGUACUUUGAGUGGCUCAAGAACCUGAACCACGUCUCGUACGGACGUCUCACCUUCAAGUACGAGACUGAGGCCAACUACAUGCUUUUGGGUGAGUUUGGGGGAGUCUCAGUGAUAAUUAGAAGAGAUAAUCAAGUUUUAAAAGGGAAAAUAAAGGAUAGAUAAGGAAAAAUUGAUCUUGAGCCCGAAAAACUGUUCAAAUCGUAAAAUCGGGGAGAAAAUGAAGUUUUAGAAGAGGAAAUAAAGAAUAAAACUUCAUUUUGAGAGCGAAAAUAAACUGCUUUCAAAUCGUAAGAUAUGGAUUAUUUUUCAAGUUAUCACCCAUUUUAAGAAAUCCACAGAAAAUUGAUAUUUAACGGUAGAAAAAGGUUGAAUGAUUGAUUCUUUUUAGAGAGUUAAAAUAAAUAAUUUUCCGAAAGAUUUCUCUUUUUUGCUACUUCUGCGGCUAAUCACCCGUUAUGAAAAAGAAAAUUUUCAAAAAAACGUGCUUAUUUCUCGAAUUAUCCAUAGAGCGCAUUUCAACGUGGACGUCAAUAAUUUAGAGUACGUUUUUUUAUGAAUAUUCAAAAAUACCGGGCUCUCAACCUCUGCUUUGGAACAGCUUUUCUAAAAAAUCGAAAGUAGACUUCAAUUUCGGCGAUAGUCGUUUCUGGGAACCUUUUUAGAACCUUUCAAGCCACGUUUUGAAGAAAAAUCAAGAGAAUAUUCAUAAGUUCUGAAUGUUAAAAUUGAAUUUUUGCAAUAGUCGUUUCUAGGAACCUUUUAGAACCUUUCAAGCCACCUUCUCUUUCUUUUUUUUUACCUGACGAAAAAGUUUCUUGAGUGUGCAAGCUGGGCGAGAAUCGUUUACGAUUGUUUUAUGUGUUUUUGUGUCUCCCUCUCUCCCCCCUCUCUCUCACAGUUUGUUUGGUUGAAGUUUGUGACCGUCUGACGGUCUUUCCCCGCUUUUUCUCUGAUUUCUCACUCUCUCUCUCUCUCGCUUUUCAAUGACGCGUGCCUUUGUAACCACGUGGUCGUGGUGGACUGACAUUGGAGAAGCGUCUAAAAACUUUCUUUUUCUCUGAAAAAGAGUUUGAGGGAGAGAUGUGAGGGUGGCUUUUUGAUUGAAAAGAGGAAAGAUGGGGUUUUGGCGGGAUUUCAUUGAGAGGAUUGUGUUUUAAAAAAAAAGAGGACGAAAAUUUGGAAAAUUUGGAGUUUUCGGAGGGAUUCUCCUUGGAGCGCAAGUUGGAAGUUGGAAAUUUUGAAUAAGGACGGACGUUUCUGGCCAUUUCUAGGGACCACUUAAGAGAACUGACCAUAACGGACCUCGGUAACGAAAACCGGACGUUUCUGAGAAGUUUUAGGAUCACUUGAGGGCGCUGACGGUGCUACUAAAGUGGUCACUAGAAAUGCUCCGGCACGUCCUUUUCCUCAAUGUCCGAGAACUUUUAGCCAAUUUUCCUAAAUCUCCCCCAGUUUCUGAAUUUUUGCUGACUUUUAUAGGCCUCCAACUGAAGUUCUAAUGAAACGAUUGUAGAAAUCAACAUUUCCUUUAAUUUUAAUGAUUUUCGUAGUAAACCUUCUGAAUAAUUGUUCAAAAGAACCUUUUAAGACUCAUUGGAGCGUUUCAGUUGAGUCAAGCUUUAUAAUUUGCACAAAUUCACGCCAAAAAUCUUUUCAGCCUCGGUCCAAGACGCCCUCGAGAGCGCCAUCGGCAAGAAGAGCCCCGUCAAGCCGAACGAAGCCUUCGCCAAGAGAAUCGCCGGAGCCAGCGAGAAGGUUUCAAAAGAAUGAUCCAGAAUAUCUGUACCUUUAUGAUUGCAGGACAUUGUCCACUCUGGCCUCGAAUACACAAUGCAGCGAUCCGGCGAAGCCAUCAUCCGCACGGCCCACAAGUACAACCUCGGCCUGGACAUCCGCACGGCCGCCUACGUCAACUCGAUCGAGAAAGUCUACAACACCUACCGCACCGCCGGAUUCACCUUCACCUAA